UUUUCUUUACAGCCGGACAUAUAACGCGCAAAAGUGGCAGUAUUUAGGAGCAAGAGAUGCAGUUACCGAAACAUUUGAAGAUCGGUGCUGGGACGGCGGCCGCCGGAGUCUUCGGGAUCAUAUUCGGAUGGGUCCUAUUUCCAGCUAUUCUGAAAAGUCAGCUAAAGAAGGAAAUGGCAUUGUCGAAGAAAACGGACGUCCGGGGCAUGUGGGAAAAGAUCCCUUUCGCCCUCAGCUUCAAAGUGUUCCUGUUUAAUUACACCAACGUCGAAGAAAUACAAAAGGGAGGUGUGCCCAUCGUCAAAGAGAUUGGGCCGUACCAUUUCGAUGAAUGGAAAGAAAAGUUAGAGGUUGAAGACCACGAGGAAGACGACACAAUCACAUACAAGAAAAGGGAUGUGUUUUACUUCAGACCAGAACUAUCGGGUCCUGGACUGACGGGCGAAGAAAUUAUCACCAUGCCUCAUAUUCUUAUGGUGUCAAUAGCAACAGUUGUGAACAAGGAGAAGCCAGCUAUGUUGAAUAUGAUCGGGAAGGCGUUCAACGGCAUAUUUGACGGACCGCAACACGUGUUCAUGAACGUGAAGGCACUGGACAUCAUGUUCAGAGGCACUAUCAUAAACUGCGCAAGGACUGAGUUCGCACCGAAGGCUGUAUGCACUGCGAUCAAAAAAGAAGCUAGCGGCUUGAUUAUUGAACCAAACAACCAAUUUAGGUUUUCCCUGUUUGGAAUGCGCAACGAUACCAUCGAUCCUCACGUUAUCACCGUAAAGAGGGGCAUCAAGAACGUAAUGGACGUCGGUCAGGUGGUGGCCGUUGACGGCAACCCGGAGCAAAGUAUAUGGAGGGACAGCUGCAAUAUGUACGAGGGUACCGACGGCACAGUUUUCCCGCCAUUUUUAACGGAAAACGAUCGACUGGAGUCCUUCUCGACUGAUAUGUGCAGAUCCUUCAAAGCGUUGUACCAAAAGAAGACUUCGUACAAAGGGAUCAAGACGAAUCGCUACGUCGUCACCAUAGGAGACUUGGCCAACGACCCUGAUCUCCAGUGCUUCUGUGAAGCUCCUGAGAAGUGCCCUCCCAAGGGCACAAUGGACCUGAUGAAAUGCAUGAACGCCCCCAUGUAUGCGUCGCUGCCUCACUAUUUAGACUGUGACCCUGAAGUCCAGAAGAAGGUUAAGGGACUCAACCCCGACGUCAAUGUACACGGAAUCGACAUUGACUUUGAACCAAUUUCUGGUACUCCAAUGGUGGCGAACCAGAGAAUGAUGUUCAGCUUAGUACUUCAACAAAUUGAUAAACUGGAUCUAUUUAAAGAUCUUCCCGGUACAAUGACGCCUUUGUUCUGGAUUGAAGAGGGUAUCGCGCUGAAUAAAACCUUCGUGAAGAUGUUGAAGAACCAAUUGUUCGUGCCCAAACGAAUAGUGGGUGCGCUGAGGUGGCUGUUGGUCGCCGUCGGAGUUUGUGGUGUCAUCGUUACGGGCAUCAUACAUUAUAAAGGUCGUAUACUUGGGUUUACCUUGCCACCUGGAUCAGCAGCAGUAUCUAAAGUGAAUCCAGAGACCAACCAGCCAAAGGACAUCAGCGUCAUUGGAAACGCCCAGAGCCCUCCAAAAGUGGACAUGUAAUCCACGUUGAGGCGACUCCACGACUUUCUUGUGAAGUGGAUCCGUCGUCAGUUCGGUGUUGAGUUAUCGAAGAAUUUGUGGACCCAAACAUUCCGUUGUGGUUUUGCACGACUUAGGCGGAAUACGCCUUAGGUAUCUUUAUUGAUUCUACAAUGGAGAUGACUACAUUUUUUUUUCUUCGUCAAUUAGGUAGCUUGUCAGAAAGUAUGCGACACGUAUUUUUUCUUUAUUCGCAUUAUCAAAACAUUACAGAGAUAUAUUGAUUUGAAAUGUCGCAUGAAAUCACGUCUUGGUACAGUUUUUACUUAGAAGUGACAUCACUACCUCCCUCCCAUACUUUUUCGCGUUUUUUUUUUAUUUAUUAUUUAUUUUAUUAUU